ACGAGAGUGUUAUUUCUUUAUUUGUGGGAAAUUACGGUAUCUCUUUUCUUCCAAAGCUAAUAAUAAUUCUUAGAAAAUAGGGACUCCUUUUCGCGGAAUAAUCCAUAGGGGGCGUGGCCAACUCUCGCGAGUCAGGGUAUCUUCUCCCCAACCACCACGUUUAUUUUAAUUAUUGCAGACGGAAAUUGAGGACUAUUGACAUAGUAAAUAGCUUUGGGUGGCUAUUUGAAACAAAAGUUUAACUUUGCGGACAAAUGGGACUUAUGGUGAGGGGUCAAAGUAGUCCCGGCGGGGCGGGGCCAUGACUCCUGACGUCUCCCUCCCGGCGCGCAGUUCAGUUUUGCGGUUCCGGUCCCGCUCUCACCUUGGGGCGGGAUGUGGGAGCGACUGAAUUGCGCGGCUGAGGAGUUUUAUUCUCGUCUCCUUCAGGCAUUUAAUGAAGAAAAGAAAGGAGUCCAUAAAGACCCAUUUCUCUAUGAGGCUGAUGUCCAAGUGCAGUUGAUCAGCAAAGGCCAACCAAAUCCUUUGAAAAAUAUUCUAAAUGAAAAUGACCUAGUAUUCAUAGUGGAAAAAGUGCCUUUAGAAAAGGAAGAAACAAGUCAUAUUGAAGAACUUCAAUCUGAAGAAACUGCCAUAUCUGAUUUCUCUACUGGCGAAAAUGUUGGACCACUUGCUUUACCAGUUGGGAAGGCAAGGCAGUUAAUUGGACUUUACACCAUGGCUCACAAUCCUAAUAUGACCCAUUUGAAGAUUAAUCUGCCAGUUACUGCCCUUCCUCCCCUUUGGGUAAGAUGUGACAGUUCAGAUCCUGAAGGUACUUGUUGGCUAGGAGCUGAGCUUAUCACAACAAACAACAGCAUUACAGGAAUUGUCUUAUAUGUGGUCAGUUGUAAAGCUGAUAAAAAUUAUUCUGUAAAUCUUGAAAACCUAAAAAAUUUACACAAGAAAAGACAUCACUUGUCUACUGUAACAUCCAGAGGCUUUGCACAGUACGAGCUCUUUAAGUCCUCUGCCUUGGAUGAUACAAUCACAGCAUCACAAACUGCGAUCACUUUGGAUAUUUCCUGGAGUCCUGUGGAUGAGAUUCUUCAAAUCCCUCCACUCUCUUCAGCUGCAACUCUGAAUAUUAAAGUGGAAUCGGGAGAGCCCAGAGGUCCUUUGAAUCAUCUCUACAGAGAACUUAAAUUUCUUCUUGUUUUGGCUGAUGGUUUGAGGACUGGUGUCACUGAAUGGCUCGAGCCUCUGGAAGCAAAAUCUGCUGUUGAACUUGUGCAGGAAUUUCUGAAUGACUUAAAUAAGCUGGAUGGAUUUGGUGAUUCUACAAAAAAAGACACUGAGGUUGAGACAGUGAAGCAUGACACUGCUGCAGUCGAUCGUUCCGUCAAGCGUCUUUUCAAAGCUCGGAGUGAUCUUGAUUUUGCUGAGCAACUGUGGUGCAAAAUGAGCAGUAGUGUGAUUUCAUACCAAGACUUGGUGAAGUGUUUCACAUUGAUCAUCCAGAGUCUACAACGUGGUGAUAUACAGCCAUGGCUCCAUAGUGGAAGUAACAGUUUACUAAGUAAGCUCAUUCAUCAGUCUUAUCAUGGAACCAUGGACACAGUUUCUCUCAGUGGGACUACUCCAGUUCAAAUGCUUUUGGAAAUUGGUUUGGACAAACUAAAGAAAGAUUAUAUCAGUUUUUUCAUAGGUCAGGAACUUGCAUCUUUGAAUCAUUUGGAAUACUUCAUUGCUCCAUCAGUAGAUAUACAAGAACAGGUUUAUCGUGUCCAAAAACUCCACCAUAUUCUAGAAAUAUUAGUCAGUUGCAUGCCUUUCAUUAAAUCUCAACAUGAACUCCUCUUUUCAUUAACACAGAUCUGCAUAAAAUAUUACAAACAAAAUCCUCUUGAUGAGCAACACAUUUUUCAGCUGCCAGUCAGACCAACUGCUGUAAAGAACUUAUAUCAAAGUGAGAAGCCACAGAAAUGGAGAGUGGAAAUAUAUAGUGGUCAAAAGAAGGUUAAGACAGUUUGGCAACUGAGUGACAGCUCACCCGUAGACCAUCUGAAUUUUCACAAACCUGAUUUUUCAGAAUUAACACUAAACGGUAGCCUGGAAGAAAGGAUAUCCUUUACUAACAUGGUUACCUGCAGCCAGGUGCAUUUCAAGUGAAGUGUGCUGAUGAAAUCCUCUAUAAG